UACACUUUCAGUUUAGACUUUCCAUGUUGAAGUCACCAGAUCCAGAAACCGGAUCCAACAUUUUGCAAGUCAAGUUGUGGUCGCAAGAGGUCCGGUCUGGGGGUAAAAAACAGGAAAAAUCAAUGCAUGUUGGUCAAGAGUUUCAUGCGAACGAUUUCAUGUCAGGCUGGUUGGAAGAUGGCUCGUAUCUUUGCCAUUUCGGACAUCCAUGUCGACCACCUUGUUAACAAAGAAUGGAUACAGGGCCUGGAUUGUGCGAGAUACACCAACGAUGUGCUCCUAUUGGCUGGUGAUGUCACAGACUCGCUAGAUCUACUCAAGUCCACGUUGGAGUCACUCAAGGCAAAGUUCAAAGAGGUGUUCUAUGUUCCAGGCAACCAUGAACUCUGGAUCAGAGACAAAUCUAGUUCAGAGACCUCCGUCGAUAAAUUUCACAACAUCCUCAAGCUGUGCAGAAGAGUAGGCGUCCGCACCGACCCACAAAUCGUCGAUACAACUGAUGGCAAACGUGUCUGGAUUGUACCACUGUUUUCGUGGUACGCAACCCCUGAAGAGGACAGGCAGGAUUCUUUGUAUGUCUCAGGUCCUAGCGAGGAUCCCUCAAUGAAAUCACUCUGGAUGGACAAUCACAUGUGUAGAUGGCCUGCCGACAUAGGCAGUCGCUCAAAGUACUUCGGGAAGCUGAACGAGGAUCGCGUCCACGCUUACGACGCGCCGGUGAUUUCGUUCAGCCAUUUCCUGCCGCGGGUGGAGUUGAUCCGAGCAGAGGAGGAGGAUACGCGAUGCGUAAGCGAGGAAAGAAGAACUCUUGGCCUGUCGGCUGAGAUGCCUAAGCGACAAGGAGCAAUGGCUGGGUUCAAUUUCACACGCUACGCCGGCUGCAAGACGCUGGACCAACAGAUUCGCGAGAUCGGAUCGCAGGUGCAUGUGCACGGGCACCAGCAUCGGAACAGGGAUCGCGUGAUUGACGGCGUGCGCUACAUUUCCCAUUGUCUUGGGUAUAAGAAGGAACGCGACGAAGGCUUGACGUAUGGAAUCACUCAGUGGAAAGGACCCAAACAGGUCUGGCCCAACUGAAUAGCAACCUAAGUACGAAUGCAACAGUUUCCACAAUGUUUUAAAAAUAUAUAUAAAAAUACGCUUGGACGGCAACUCAUGCAAGGAUGAUCCCAAUUUAUUUACCAAGGUAUUUAAUGUUUAUAUUGAGUAUGUUUUACACCAAAAAGUAGAUAUUGUUUAGGAACAGAUUUAAAAACACAAGUUGAAAAAGACAAAAAUAUUACAAAAUAUACAAUGCAGUUGAAUAUAUAUAAAUACUAAUACUGCCAAUUAAAAUAAUGUUUAUUGAUGUCAUUUUUUAAUUUUUAGUCAAUCUACAUAUUUGCCAAAGUUUUACACAAGCAUUUUAUUCUCAAAGUAAAGCCAAUUUUUUUAAAACUUUGUUAUAUUAUAAUAAUUUUUAUUCAGAUUUUUUAUAAAAAGAACCGUACCAUAUAAUUUUUAAAAUUAAGAGAAGUAAAAUACAUUUCACAGUGCAUCAACGAAUUAAUUCGGGGAAAAAAAGGGAGAAAAAACGAAAAGAAUCGUGACAUAAUUAUUAAUGAGUACGUCAAUAGAUGGCGCCCUACAUGUAGACCGCAUUUUCCGGCGCCAGUCAUUUUGUGCAUCGAUUCAGUCGAUCGUUUACAGCCGCUGCGCCUCGGAUGCUAAUACGCUUUUUCGAUCACGUAAAAUACUUUACGCGUCGAUCUUUCAACCGUGCUAAAAUAUGUAAAUCAACCAUAUGGUCACUUUCUGAACGGUGGAAUAAAAGGAGAUAGGUUUUGUUUUGCGAUUGUGAAAUGAAAAUAGACUAAACUUGCAAGUCGUACGUCCGUAGUUGUGUACUUGUGUUCGCCACGAAUGACAGUUAUGAGGUUCUACCAAAAAUGAUCGAAUUUUCAGUUGACUACCAACGAAUUAAUAUACACUUCUUGAGGUCAUUGAAUAAUAUGGAC